UGCUGGGAAUGCUGCCUACCUGCGCGCCUCCUCACCUGGGCCGACUGCGAUGCACCACAGCCGACGAAGUGUGAUGAGGAUAUCGUUUUUCUCGGCGCUGUUUUCGACGAAGUUCAAGCAGGCGGGCAGAGCUGAGCUGAGGCAAAGUUUCCUCGCACGAUUAUUCCGAAACAGAAAAUCACAGCAGCAGCAGCAGCAGCAGCAGCAGCAGCAGCAGGGGACAACAGGGUUUCUCAAUGCAUCACCGUCCCAGCAUGUGGUAAUCUUCUCAGCCGUACCAGAAAGAUAGUGAACAACACUUUGAGUGGCUGACCUUGUCAACAAUCCUGCACCUGCACCAGUUGCUCACAUGGCCCACCCUUACGAGCCCUGGUUACGGACAGCCCCACCUAGUGGCAGCUCAGAAGACAUGAACAUCCCCUCCUGGUGGGACCUCCACAGGGAUGUCCAGGCGGGGAGCUGGAUAGACCUGCAGACGGGCCAGGGUGUUGGUUUGCCUUCAGUGAGUCCUGGGAGUUCCAUGGGGUUGCAGCCCUCUUUAGGGCUGUACGGCUCCGACCCACAGCUGUGCACCCUGUCUUCGGCUCAACACGCUCAAGUCUCACACUCGCCUCACCUCUUCCCCCAGGAUGGUUUCAAGAUGGAGCCAAUGGCGCCUGAAAUGAUGCAGCAAGAACCAUUUUCUAUGGAGGAACCACAGGAGACCUCUGUCUCCGUCCGUCCCAAGCCCCAGCGCCGCUCCUCUUCCAGGGGCGCCGGUCAGGCCGCGUGUCGCUGCCCCAACUGCGUUCACGCUGAGCAGCUGGGCCAGAGCACUGAUGACAGCAGGAGGAAGCACAUGCACAACUGCCAUAUCCCCGGCUGCGGCAAAGCCUAUGCCAAGACCUCCCAUUUGAAGGCGCACCUACGAUGGCACAGCGGGGAUCGUCCCUUCGUCUGCAACUGGCUCUUUUGUGGCAAGAGAUUCACGCGCUCUGAUGAACUGCAGCGUCACUUGCAGACGCACACCGGAGCCAAGAAGUUCAGCUGUGCAUUGUGCCCCAGAGUCUUUAUGCGCAAUGAUCACCUGGCCAAGCACAUGCGCACACACGAGUCCCCGCCAGGACAAGGGGAGGAGAGGCUGAACGGAGAUGGCAGGAUGGAUAAGGGCUUCGAUGCUUCCACACCCCCUCAGUCAUCCUCAAACGUGUCUGUGUCUGACACCACAGAGCCCCAGAUGAAGCUGAAAUGUGAGACAGACCCCUCAGUCUCUAGUGUGACAGGGCAGUCCAGCUAAUUUCAUCAUUCAUCAGAGGUUUGCCAUUUGUUCCCCUCUCUGUCAGAGAUGGUGCCAUAGUUUUACAAUAGAAUAGAGAAAAGAAGAAAUGUUUGGACUUUUACUAAUGAACGAUGGAUGAAAUUACACUGUGGUCCCAUGAAUUUAUCAACUGGGCUAACUCAGUGAUAACCUGAAUAUUAUAACAGAGAAAAUGUGAGUUUUACUCAUGGAUAAAACUUUCCUCUGUGUUUACUGUAGGUGAAAAGUGGCUCAGCCGGCAACUGAGAUGAAACUGCCUCUUGUUUCUGGACUACCAUUGCUGCUAGAGCCACAGUCCAACUGAAGGUGGUUUGUGAACGUGUUUACCAAAAGAGUCGGAGGAAGUGUUUGAGCCCAACAAUGUUUUACCAAUUUCAAAGGCAGAAGGCCUUUCCACAGAGAAAGCAGACAGUGACAAUAUUUUCUUUUUGUUUCAGACUGUUACCGUAUGUGUGCAGCCUGCAGCAAUUUGUGAUGAGACACUGGAUUAUGAUAACAGCAUUACGUCAUUUUUAAAAGGUCAAUAGUCAUUUGAAUGCUUAACAAUGCAUGCCACUGAACUGGGUGUGUAUGCUGGUAUGUGAGUAAUUAAAAUGGCACAUGAACAAAUGAAAGUACACACAACAAUUGCUGUGGCAGUGUCCUAUGAUGCUCCAUAAUAUAAUAUAACAUAAUAUAAUAUAAUAUAGUAUAAUAUAAUAUAAUAUGAUAUGAUAUGAUAUGAUAUGAUAUAAUAUUAUAUAAUAUAAUAUAAUGUUCAGGUUACCAGGUUGAACAGAACAAUCCAAAGAACCACAAAGUGCUAAAGUGAUGUGGAAAAAGGUGAACUCGCAUCAUCAUUGAUAAGAAGUGGUCACAGCAGCUAAAGACAGAGCCAAAAGCUCCAGGUAGGAAUAAGAAGAUGAAGCUGGACAUGAGGAGAAAAUGCUACCUGGCUUAAUGAGUCCUGGUUUCUGUUGGGACAUGCUGAUGACAGUGGCAACGUCUGGUAUAAACACAAUUCCACAGAUCCUGCCUGUCAACACAACAAGCUGCUGGUGAUGAAUGAAACUUCCAGCACAAAGAUGAGCUUCAUUACAUCAUGGGUCCGGGAACGCACACCUUCAUCCAGCGGCCUGUGAAGGUCCAUAUGUUGUUUUUUUUCAAAAGUGGAUCAAAUGACUGUGUAAUGUGAAAAGUGUUGGUCAUAGUGACAGUCUAACACAUCAUCAUCAUCUGCCCCUGCAGUUUACUUUAGUUGCACUUUUUGAGCAUAUUUGAGCUCAUUGUCGUGUUUUUUUCUGGAACACUAAUAUUUCUGGUUCAGUCUCAUUGCUCUCAUCGCACUUCGCAGUCGGUGUCAGCUAAUAAUAAAAAAAACUACUGGUGAAGCCACUGUAGCUCAUUUCCCAGCACCAAACAGCAGACAAAGUUAGCAGCGGGCCAGUGAACAUUGUGGAGAAACACUAUAUAAUGUAGCAGCUAUUAGACUAGCAUUUGGUCAGGAUGCAGAGAAAGACUGUGCGGUUUGCAGUCUAGUAUGCAAUACAAGGAAUUUGAGUGACACACACAGCAACAUUUGUCUAGGUUAUUUGUUCUGAAUAGUUAACCUUCAUAAUCAGUACAGUAUGAUCAAUAGUUUUGUAGCAAGCAGUGUGAGCAGCAUUACACUUUAAAACACUAUUAGGAUUUUUUGCAAACCAUCACAGACCUUAGGCUGAGAUUUCUACAUUAGGGAGCUUGCAUCUCUGGAGGCUCACUGUAUUUAUGUAUAGAUGAUAAGAAGUGGAAGAUAGUGCUUACACAACAGUCAGAUAUUACAUAUGGACUGUUAUUAUUAUAAUUAUUAUUAUUAUUAUUUUGUUAUUAUAGAUAGGCUUAUAUUUUCUUUUAUUAUGGUCAGUAGAUCAAAGUGGACCACCUUUGAAUUGGUUGCUGUAGUAAAUGUUUUAGAUGUGGAGACGCUUGUAAUAAAAUAAGUUCAAAAACCUUUAAUAAGUUCAGCAUCAUGGUGUAAUAACUUGUAUUUAAUCUAUUAUUGUCCUUUAUUAAAUAAAAAAACUAUA